AUAGCUCAGUACGGUGGUAACAGGUGGUUCGUCGCUAUUGGCCGAGCGGCAGCGAUUCAAGUGCCUUGCGGCGCCAGCACGUGCGACCGUCGCCGGUCCUGCUGGCCUGGCCGCUCAGGCCGCUGCCGCAUUCACACGGAGAACGUCGUACCGCGCGCAUCCGGCCUCCACGGGCACUCUGCUGCUGGACUCGCUUCAUUCUGGUUCAUUCGUUCUUCAACGGCAAGCAGGCAAGCAGAACCUUUGCGCGCUACUGUAUCGAAUAACCGAUAAUCGAUAGCGGCGCGGCGUGCCAAUACUCUGGUUAAAGUUGCGCGUAUAUAAAGCAUUUGCGAAACAGCCGGUUCAUUGCGAUUCGAGAAGACUCGGCUGACAACUCUCGUCGUGGGUGCGCGGGUGUUGGCUAUCGAUCCCGCCGCAUCGUCCCGCUUUCUUCGGCUCGUUCAUUGGCGCAGUCGUCGUCAUCGAGACCGCUCGUGUGAGCGAACGAUAUAUGCAGAGUGUUGUGCCUUAAAAGAACAUAUAAUACUUAAAAAAAUAGCCUCUGUGACUCCCCGCUCGUCUGACGUCUCGGAGGUCAACCAAAGAGAUUAUAUUCUUUCCUUCCACGUCCGUCUUUCGUUCGAUACUAACGGAGCUUGCAAGAUUAUCAAAGAACGCUGUGGAUCCUCGUGGCGACGGCAUGUCGGAGCUUUAAUUUUCUUCGUCCUUCAUGGGCAAGUAUAUACAAUGUUCCUCUGACCGACGACGCUCGCAUUAUCCGGAAAGGUAAAGGAAACGAAAUAUAUACAUGAUGGCGUUCUACGACGUGGGAACGGGCGACCUCAAGGAAUUGUGGGAGUCUUAUAUCACCGAGCCGCCGAUACUCAAUCCAGAUAUCUUACUGAACACCAAAGAGGAAGAAUGGAGCAAUGUUUUGAGCUUCAGACACAACGUAAUUCUGAGAGACCGUCUAAUGACGGACGCAGCUCUCGGUGGACCACGGCCGAUAAAAUCCGAACAUAGUUAUAGCCUUUUAGCUUCCAGUCCCCCUCCGAGCCCAGCAACGCCAGGAGCUAAUCCACAUACGCCCAAUUCAGGUUCUGGCGCGGUCGGUUCUACCGCAGUGACUACCAAUUCCUCCAUCGAUUUCGCCAAUCGAUUUCUGGAUCAUAAAUCUCUUGAUAUUCGUGACAGAAUCGAUGAUAUGGAAGAAGAAUGUUUUCCGGCUAUUUCGAUAAGCAACACUUCGAACCGCGUCGAAUCGUCGUCGUCGUCGUCAUCGUCGUCGUCGUCGUUGACAUCGUCAUCUACCUCGAAUAUAAUCCUCAAGAGAAACGACCUAGUACCUGAAGAUAAUGAAUGUCCUGAAAUCAAGGGCGAACCUAUCAGCGCCCCGGCAAGUCCUUGUUGCGCACCUUGUCAACCGAAUUGCGAUAUGAUGGACGAUAAAAGCACGAUAACAAUAGUAUCGCCGCAGAGCCUUCACUUCGCCAAAACCCAUCUCUCACACACAAGUGACAGCGAAGAGGAUGACGAGGAGUACUAUCAGAAUAUGGAAAUUGAGGAAUACGGUGUGGUCUGCAAAGGGAAGGAAGCGACCUUGCAUGCGUCGAGACAGGGAUUGCCGCCGACGCCACCCAGUAGCGCAAGCUCUGACAGCGAGGGUACUGCUUCGGCUUCCUGUUCGCCGGAACGCCGAGAUUCUCAGACUUGUACACAGAAUCUCAGGGGUUUACUGGCACCGAGGCUUUACGUCACCAACAGCACUCACACUACCAGACAACCCAUUCAUACGCCUUUGAUUUCCUGUCAGCCGAAAGGAUCUACGGGAGUGUUAACAUUGACGGAAGAAGAAAAGAGAACUUUGAUAGCCGAAGGAUAUCCUGUGCCCACGAAGCUUCCACUAACGAAACAAGAGGAAAAAUCUUUAAAGAAAAUACGAAGAAAAAUUAAAAAUAAGAUAUCAGCGCAGGAAUCACGAAGAAAGAAGAAGGAAUACAUGGAUGGUUUAGAGAGGCGGGUCACCAUGUUGACGAACGAGAAUUCCUCUUACAGAGACAGGCUGAAUUCUCUAGAAGAUACGAAUCGCGAGCUAGUGAAGGAGUUACAACGUCUUCAGGCCUUGCUGCAGCUACAACAAUAGAUUUAUUCAUUUCUAUCUAUAGAAUAGCCUAAAUUUGUCUGAUAUCAUUAAAUUUUUAUUUUUAAGAAGACUUAACAUUAAUUGAUGUUAAGUAUAAUUAUUCUCCCUAAAAAUGAAUAUUUGAUCUGACGAAUAUUGCAACGAUUUGCGAUAACGCAUGAAACAAU